CCAGAACUGCAAAUGUCCAAAAGUCUCCUCUACAAUAUCAAGUAUUCAAACAGAAAUUGAAAAGGAUUCGCAAUGGGCAGUAAUUUUGUAAGCGUGCUCAAAUAUUUAAUGUUUGCCUUCAAUUUUUUAUUCUGGGUGACUGGAUGCUCCAUAAUAGCCAUCGGCAUCUACUUUGUGGUCAACAACAUCUAUGGAGACUUACUUACAAAUAAUCCCUCGCUUACUGUUGGCAAUUCCUUUAUCGCUAUUGGCAUCAUCAUUAUGGUGUUUGGGUUUCUUGGAUGCAUGGGAGCAAUAAAAGAAAAUAAAUGCCUUCUUCUUACUUUUUUCAUUUUGCUGUUAUUAAUCCUCUUGGUUGAAGUCACAAUGGCAAUCUUUCUGUUUGUUUAUGAAAAGCAGCUAGAUAAAUACGUGAGGGAAAGGUUAACCAACAGUUUUGAACAGAAUCUAAAACACAAUUCAAGUGAAACAUGGCAUAUGAUACAGAGAAAUUUGCAAUGCUGUGGAAUCAAUGGAUCAGAAGACUGGAUGAAGAAAGAACUUCACAGUUCUUGUUGUCCCAGCAAAACAAACUCAAAUUGCAGUUUAAGUGAUUCUUUCCCAGUGGGUUGUUCAGAGGCACUUAAAAAGUGGUUCGAAAACAAUUUCUUGUAUUUUGGAGUGGGAACCAUAUGCAUUUCAGUUAUUGAGGUGCUGGGUAUGUCCUUUGCAUUAACCCUUUACUGCCACAUAUCAAGAAGUAGUGGCAAGAUAAGUACAUUGCUCUGAGGCUCAGAAUAUCAUUCCGAAAUGUAACAUUGUAUAUUCCAGCAAGGAAUUUGUAUAGUUUGUGCAUUAAUUCAUGAUGAAUUCAUCUUGAGACAGUAUUAAGCUUUUUGCCAUUGAAAACAGUGUGCUUGUGUGUGUGUGGAGGGGGGGGGGUCAUAUGAUAAUUAAUGAGUGGUAUGUGAAGUAAUGCUUAUAGAUAUAUAGAUAUAUAUAUAUUUAUAUGUCUGUUUAUGCAUUUAAGGUUAGUACUGCAACUGCUGUGUUUGUCAUAUCUUAUUUAAUACACAGAUCACUUCAAGAGAGGUUGAAAACGCAAUGUCAGAAAAAAAUAAAAUACAUUUUAUUAAAGGGAAAAA